AUGGCAUCAAAAUGGCGCCGGUCGCUGGGUGCCGGAGGAGGCGAGUUGUGGUGCGGCUGUAAAAUGUAUGUGCACCCUUUGGACGAGGUCAUCGAAGGAGCAGUCUGCGGUUGGCGCUGGCGUCGAAGCAUCAGCAGGACUCGCUUCGCCUCGGACACCGAAAGGGAAGUUGCCUGCUCGUUCUCCUUCCCGACGGGAUUGUGGCGAGUUCGAGGCCUCGAGACCGCCGGCCACGUCCCAACAUGGCGGUGUUUGGAGUCGGUCGAAACUGACAUCGAAACCGAAACCGAAACCGACACUAACGCCGACAGAAAAGGUGAGAUCAUUCGAGACGAUAAGACUAGGCAGAAGUGGUCCCGCAAAGGGGCAGACAAUUCGUGGCUAGGGCCUGUCGGCCGCCUCCCGUCUCGUCCGAUUCGAGAAGCUGGCCGCAGAUUGUGCUGCGUCGUUAUCGAGUACGUACUUUCUGUGCACGAGCCAAGUGCAACUAAGGCCAGCCAUUAA